AUGAGUGUUAAUAUUGAAGAAGCCAAGGCCCGCCUUCGGGAGCACGGCUGGGUUAAGAUCCCGUCAGUUCUGACCAAAGACGAAGCAGCUAACGCUCUUGAUCGACUAUGGAAGGCGAAGGAAGCGUCCGAGGCCAGUGGAGAGGAAACAUUCCAGCCUAUCUUGGACCCCAACCCUUCUAAUGUGCGGGUGUUUUAUCUCCCAGAGCUCGACGAGUUGUUCCGCGACAUGCUCACGCACCCUACGGGCAUAGAGAUGACCAAGUCGGUGCUAGGCGAAAAGUUCCUCGUCAGCAAUUUCUCGGCAAACAUCGCACGUCCAGGUUCGCAGAGUAUGGCACUACACUCGGAUCAGAGUAUUGUCCUCCCCGAACCCUGGCUGAGUACGUGGGCGGUCAAUGUGAUUUGGUGCCUAACCAAAAUGACCAAAGAGAAUGGCGCGACACUAUACAUUCCUGGUUCUAAUAAGUGGACACGCUGGGAGGACGUUCCCGCCAACGCUCCGGACCUCUUGGUACCAUUUGAGGCAGACGCUGGCGACAUCGUUGUCCUCGAUGGCCGUCUCUGGCACACAUCAGGUAGCAAUGUUACCAACGAGGAUCGUGCACUCCUUUUUGCCUAUUACUCAGCUCCUUACAUGCGUCAACUAGUAAACUGGACUGCUAAGCUGCCCAGGGAACUUCAAGAGACACUGAGCCCUGAGUUAAAGGAGUUGUUUGGACUGAGUCAUAUUGGCUAUGUUGUUCACGGUGACUUGACGUACAUGGCGGAUAAGUACUCGAAAAGCUAG